AAAGUCCAGCCAGUUUUGUAACAGUGCCGAGAAAACUAUAGGGAUGUGAUCUCCAGAAGCCGAGGUCUUGCUGAAAGCAAAUUAACUUAUUUUAGUUUAUCUGCUUACUGCCGGAGACCAUUCUUGUAAGGGAUGGGCUGAAAACUCUGGGCAAUACGCUGUUUGGCCAUAGCUUUUGCAAAAAAAACAAAACAAUAAAACACCCAACCCUUACCUCAGGGGGCUGCACUGAUUGGCCCGUGUCACGUGCAUUGCUCUUCUGCAGUUCUCGAACUCCCGGGCUGGUUCGAUAGUAGAAGGUUCGCUUGACAGCAACACUGGUUUUCUGGCUCUGCAGACCGUUCUAAUUGUUCCUGCACCGUGGUGAUGGGAUUGGACUGGAUUGGCUUUAGCUACGCAGCUUUAGUAGCUUCUGGUGGAAUAAUUGGCUAUGCAAAAGCAGGUAGUGUCCCGUCUUUAGCUGCUGGUCUUCUUUUUGGGGGCUUAGCUGGACUUGGAGCAUACCAACUGUCUCAAGACCCAAAGAACAUUUGGCUUUCUCUGCUUGCUUCUGGAACCUUAGCUGGCAUUAUGGGAGUGAGAUUCUACAACUCAGGGAAAUUCAUGCCUGCAGGAUUGAUUGCUGGGGCAAGUCUGAUGAUGGUUGGGAGACUUGGACUGAAGAUGUAUGACAAACCACACAAUGGAUAAUGGGGCGUUCUCUGUGGCUAAGAAGACGGACUGCACAUCAGGCCAAAUAUGCCAUGCUAAACUCAGCAAAGCACAUACCCUAAUUCUCAAGUGGCCACAUUAAAACCAGACAUGUUUGUGAAUAUAGACACUCUUUUGUAUACAAGCAUUUCUUUCUCCAUUCCAGUAGGAACUAUUGAUUGGUAUGGUAACUUCCUUGUAAUAUUCCUUUACCCUCAAAGUAGUAGCAAUAGAAGUAGCUGGAAAAAGACAAAGAAGCAGCUGGCUGAGCUAAGAACAGAGAUAAUAAACAGUGAUCCAGCAGGGGAGAUCUUUUUUAUCUGUUGUGCUGUAAAAGAGAGAGAGAAUAGGGUCGGCCAGCGCUUUUUUCUACUCCAGUGUCCCUGUGUCUCUUUUAAAGAGCUGUGUGGGCAUGGUGCUGACUCUGUUUGCUGGUGUCACAUCAUCUCAUCCAGAUCAGGGAGCAACACCACUCAUGUAGACAUUUCCAGCAUCAAAGAACCAGUGAACUUUCCCCUACCUGUUGUGCUCCAGAUGCUUAUGUCUCUGCAGUUGCCUUAGGCCAGCUUUCUGUAACCUAGUGUUGAUCUGAUGUACUGGAAGUACAGUUUUCAUCAUUCCCAACCAAGAUGGUCAAUUGCUGGAAAUGAAGGGGUUUCCAGAUCUGUACAUGGGGAGGACAUCGGGAUGGAGGUAAAUAGACUGAACUUUCAGCUCUUAGUUUGUCCAUGAAGAAACAGGGGGAUCAUUUUUCCCCCUUACUAAAAUGCUCCUAAAAUAAAUUAGGUUUAUGUGAGCAAGUCGGUAUUUAACAUUGUACUCUGGUCUUUUUUCUCAAGCUGUUGUUAAUCACUGUUAAUAAGAAGGGGUUGAAAUGCAGUCUUUGAUCAUGAAUCUGUGCCUUGCCAUUUUAUCUAGCAAUAGAGAAAACACUAAAUUGGUUCUUGUCUGUGAUUUCUUCAUGCUAUUAAAACCCUCUAAAAUUACAUAAA